GGGAAAUUGCCCCUCCCUCCUCCUCCCUCCCGCCCCUCAACCCAUUCUACCUCAAGCCCUUUUCACUGAGCAUUUUUGCCCCUUCUGCACCUGUUGAUUUGGCAGCAGCUCACCCCUCGAAUUCGGCUCACCACUCACAUGCUCAUGCAAGCAUGACAAGCCGGCAGCUUGAAUCUAGUCGUGGGGUGCCAAUAUCGUAACAAGGACGAAAGAGGGCACUUGACUUCACUACUAAUCCGCCUCCUCUUUUCCUUUCGUCUCGCCGAGUGGUCUUAUCCUCGAGAUUCUAGCUUCGUGCCUGACGAGCCAGGGCGAGAUAGACAGUGCGGCCAGACAUAGAGCCAUCUGCUUGCCACUCUACCACUACCGAAUAGGAUUCUCUUGCUGGCGCACUUGCCCGCUCACUCUAACAACUCUAAUUCUAUAUCGAGGAUAGCUUUGGGUAGCUGUAUUCGGACGUGCACACGUAAAGAGGGUAGCUAACUAUUUUAUAGCGGUUGUUCCAGCAACUACGUUCUGCAGAUGGCGCCGGCUCGGAUACGGCCUGUACUCGCCGCGGCGCUGCUCGCGCUGUGCGUUGCGCUCUCCGAGGCCUCGGCGCAAGCAAGUGCGUGCCUCCCCUUUGGCAAUCCCCCGCUUUGCCUCAAUGGGCGCAAGCGCGCCGCUAUCGAGCCAUCGACUCGAGGAGUCCACCCGUCUCAUAACGCGCCUCGAACGACUCGUGUUACGGUGGAUUACAGAGACGAUGAGGAUGAUGGAAAAGAGGAUAUCGAACUAGAGGGUGAUGAGGAAUGGUUCAAACGGGGAUCGCAUCCCAAGGGCCCAUGCAGCCCCGUUACAAGCAACAUCACUAUCCCGAUAAAGACUGCCGCCGACUUCCAGAAGCGCACCCAGCAGAGCCGCAACCAAACCGUCGUGCUUAUGCUGCAAAACAGCCUGCUGCUCAGUAAAGGAAGCGGGCUGCUCUUUGACGGGGCUUUCUCGUGUACCAUUUUAACCGCUGCGAAACCCAAUCUGUAUAUCAAAUACAGCACCGACGACAUGCCGACCCUUCGGAUUUGGAAUACGAGCAACUUGCUUGUAUACGGUAUCAAUUUCCUCGUUACAGUCACCACCGGGUCGCCGCAGUGCCCGAAUAUACCCGAGGUCGGUACGGGGGUCAACUGUCCAGCCGUACACAUCUCCCGGUCGUACGGUAUCAUCUUCGGCAAGUCGACGGUGUUCGGACGCGUGGACGUACACCGGAGCAUGAAUUCGCGAGUCGACAGUAUCAAGGUUACCGGCACCCCCACUUUCGCCAGUUCGCAUGGAGUCAUUCGCGUGGCGUAUAGCGGACACAGCACGAAGCUCAUCAAGGCGAACGUUGUUAUAUCCAAUAACGAGGCAUACGGUGUGGACACCCCAAUCGUAUUAUAUCGAGGAGCAGUGGGGGUAAAGGUGUACCGCAACUACGUGCACGAUUUUAUCUUCGCGGGAAUCCGGUGCGGCGCCGACGUGCAUUUCGCCGGCGACUGUAUGAUGACGAACGUCUCCAACAACCUUGUGAUCGCUAAAGGGCGCAACACUAACGGGGAUCACGACGCGGCGGGGAUCUACUACUGCACCCACUGGUUCAACCCCGGGAAUGUCGCGCAGUGUAACUACGUCUUUAACGGAGACCACUGCUACUAUUUGGAUUAUGACACGUCGGACGUGCGGAUUCGCGGCGGCGCGUGUGUUAACACGUACGACGGGAUCAAAGUGAACAACGGCAAGAGAAACGUGAUCAAGGACGUUGUAAUGAAGGGGCAGAUCGGCGCAGUGGGGUGGUGCACGUGCCUCACGCCCACCGUGAACAACUGCCUCAAGGACCCCGGGCUGUACUGGGAGAACAUGCGGAAGGCUUACUACGACACCCCUACAUUCCGAAAGUACUGGCCAUGGUGGAAGAACGUGUGCCAGGAGAGUGCGGUCAACGGGCAGAACUGCAACCCCAAGGGUGGCAUGACCGCCGCCCAGACCGGCAAGUGCAGCGGAUUGGCCACGGAGAACCAGCUGGAUUUGAUCCUCGUCAACACGUCACGAGACAGCCUGGAGUACAAGUACUGCGAGACCCUCCCCGCCAUGCAUAAACUGAACAAGCAUUCCCAUGUGACGGUGGGGUACGUCCCUUCGGCCGGGUUCCGGAACUACAAGCGGAAUGAUUUGGGUCUGAAGCUGUGGUCCGAUAUUCGGUUGAAGCGGCCGACUUUUUUGAGCUGCCCGAGGCGGACGACUGGCCCGCAGAAGAAGAUCAAUGCGGCGUGGUACCUGAGGAGAUUCAACAUUGUGAAGCCUAAUGGGUUUGAUGCGGUGCUGACGAUGACGACACAACACCUCAUGGACCAGUCUCAGAUCCCCAAGUAGGAUGGUAGUGAACUGGGGGGGGGGGGCAUUGCGGCGUGGUACCUGAGGAGAUUCAACAUUGUGAAGCCUAAUGGGUUUGAUGCGGUGCUGACGAUGACGACACAACACCUCAUGGACCAGUCUCAGAUCCCCAAGUAGGAUGCUAGUGAACUGGGGGGGGGGGAGGGCAUUGCGGCGUGGUACUUGAGGAGAUUCAAUAUUGUGAAGCCGUAGGGGUUUGAUGAGGUGCUUACGAUGACGACACUGCACCUCAUGGACCAGGCUCAGAUUCCCAAGUAGAUGGCAGUGGGAUGCGGUAUGGGUGGAGGAAGCAGGAAGAGGGGAGGAGGAGGCUUUACUGGCGAUGCUUCGCCUUCGUCGUGCAGUGGGGUGAAUAAGAAUGAGAGAGCCCAGAAUAAAGGGGAGCACGAUCCUGCUCCGAGGCAUGGGCUAAAAAACACACAGCAGUGAGGAAUGGUCAAAAGCAGGAGAAGGGUGCAGUGAAUAGCCAUUCCACAGCUAAGCACGAUACAUGCUAGUGGUGUCAACACAUGCACCCGUGCAGCUUUACAUACCUUAGUCUUAUAUAUAGCUAUGAUAUUAACACUUGAUAUAUAGCUAGUUUAGAGGUGGAUAUGAGCUAGGCUAGUAUAGUGAAAAGCGCAGGAAGAAUCUAUAAGUAAUCAAACGUCAUCACGUGUAGACGGUUAAUACUUUGUGCAUAUGUUAGUGAAUAUAAU